GAUCAGGCAAUGACUGGCCCCACAUACUGACAAGGACACGACCAGGAGUCUGAGUGGAAGAGUGUCUGUGACCUCGGGAACCUUGGAAUCCCAGCAUGUGAAUUGGACAUGAUCACCCAGUUGGAGAAAGAACAACUGUAGACACUGGAUCUUCAGGGAGCUGAAGAGGGGAGUGACCAAAAAUAUCUGUCUAGAUAGGGAGAUUUGAACUGAACCAAAGCAUCAACACCAAUCAGGCUAUUUCUGAAGAACUAGAGUUUUCAGGGUCAGCAAUGGAAAGUCUCCGAAGGAAUACUGCCCAACAUCCUAUGAAUGAAGAAGUCUGUAAAAGUGAGGGCCAGUUGUCAAGGCAGACAAAAUGUCCUACACAGAAGAAAUCUUCUUUUGAGAAAACAGCAAUCAGAAAAGUGUCAGUGACCCUCAAGGAAAUUUUCACUAGGGAGAGAGGCCCUGAAUCCAGUGAAUUUAGUCCAAGCUCAAAACUUAAUACACGGCAGAAAAUUCCAAAGGGAGCCAUGUCCCCCGUAUCUAGGAAAAACUCCAAAGAUAAUUCAGGCUUAAUUAAACACCAAAAACUCUUUCUGCAAAGGAAACCUUGUAAAUGCAAUGAAUGUGGUAAAGCCUUUAGUUACCAAUCAGACCUUAUUGUCCACAGUAGAAUUCAUGGUGGAGAAAAGCCUUUUGCAUGCAAUGAAUGUGGGAAAACUUUUAGCCGAAGUACACACCUUAUUGAGCAUCAAAGAACUCACACCGGAGAGAAACCUUAUGAAUGCAGUGAAUGUGGAAAAGCUUUUAGCCGGAGUACACACCUUAGUCUACAUCAGAGGAUCCAUACUGGAGAAAAACCAUAUGAAUGUAGUGAAUGUGGAAAAGCCUUUAGCCGAAGCACUAACCUUAGUCAGCAUCAGCGAACUCAUACUCAAGAAAAACCUUACAAAUGUAAUGAAUGUGGGAAAGCCUUCAGUGACCGUUCAACCAUAAUUCAGCAUCAACGAAUACACACUGGAGAGAAUCCCUAUGAAUGCAGUGAAUGUGGAAAAGCUUUCAGUUGGAUCUCAUCUCUUACUGAACAUCAGAGAACACACACUGGGGAGAACCCCUAUGAGUGCAGUAACUGUGGGAAAGUAUUCAGUCGGAGCUCAUCUCUUGUUGAACAUCAGCGAAUACACACUGGAGAAAAGCCCCACGAGUGUAGAGAGUGUGGAAAGGGCUUCAGUCGGAGCUCCUCCCUUAUUAUUCACCAGAGAACUCAUACGGGAGAGAAGCCUUACAAGUGUAAUAACUGUGGGAAAACCUUCAGUCAGAGUUCAUCUCUCAUCAGACAUCAGCAACUUCACACUAAAGAGUAAUAUCUGUGCUUUCCUUCAUGUUAGCACAAGAGCACACAGCAUAACCUCCCACAGCUGAAAAGAAACAUAUAUACUUGUUUGAAUUUUCCUUCCUACUAGCUAGCUCUAAGCCAGUUUCAAGCUAGUCUUCCUUCCUUUUUGUAAACUAAAUACUCAAAUGAGUGAUCAAUCCAACAAGGGGAUGACUUUUAAAACCUAACGUAUUCACCCUAAUAUUCUGGAGGGCUCCAACUUAGAAUAUACAGCUACCUAACACCUUGCAGUUCCUCACCUUAUCUAUUCCAUGGAGCUUGGGUCCCUGAACAAACAGUGAACCCUCUCUUUCCCAACCACAUCAGCUCCUUCACUUAAAAGAGGAAAUCCCAUGUGUGUGUAUUUUCAUGCUUGCUGGCUCCAGUAGCAGAAGAGAAGGAGCUGGCUUCAGAUUAGGACAAAAAAUUCCCACCAGUUUGGGGAUAAAAAAUUCAGUCUCAAAUUAAUAUGGACAAAUUUUUCUCUUCAUUCCUCCCUUACCUUUUUUGCUAUAGCAUAGUUUCCUCAAAGUAUAGCCCAUAGUUCUAAUGUGCCUAACUAAUCCCAGUGUUAUCUUAUCCUUACCAAGAAGGUCCUAAAAAUCUUAGCUCCUCCAUUAUCUUUUAAAAAAUUGCUGCCCUAUUUUAAAAACUUUUCUUUUGUUUACAGACUUCAUGAAACAUAUACCAUCUGGUUCUGACUCUCACCAGCCUUGUUAAGCUGAUCUGUCAAAGACAAACUCCAUGCCUCUUUCUCAGUCCUUUUCCUACUUGACAUUUGCAGAAUUGGCACUUUUGGCCACUCCUAUGCCUUAAAACGUGAGCUUCUGGGAUCCAUUGUUCUGUGCUGAUCCACACUUUUCCUACCUUACAGCACUUCUUUGAUUAACAAUGAUCAGCUCUGUGACUCUGGGCAAGAGUUGGACCAGAAUAAUUUCAUUUUAUUGGCUUAUAGUACUUCAUGUUAUUCAAUUAGAUUGUAAGCUUCUUGAAAACAGAAAUCUUGCUUUAGAUCCCUAUAAAACAUCACACAGUGCUGAGUAGUCACUAAAUGCCCCAUAAUUAUUGCUUACUGAUUCCUCUUUAUCUAUCCUGGGUAAUCAGUCUGCUAGGAUUUAUUUGAAAUGUCUUGAUAGUUGAUUUCUUUCUCUCUAUUCCUACUGCUGCUGCCAAGUCCUCAGUAGUUUGGGUCUAGAUUACCAGAGUAAACACAUUGUUGCUGCUCUUGUCUCCCUGUCUUUAUAUAGCUGCCUGACUAAACUAUCACUUGGUUCAGAAAGAAUCCACAGUUUCCCAUUGUCCCAAGGAAAAAGUUCAAAGUGCUUUAACUUGAAGACCUUGCACAGUUGGAUCUAUUUACUUAUUUUCCAUUACUCCCCAGUACAACUGGGCAGCCCUGUCCUUUGUCUCUACGACACCCUUUCUCUUCACACUUGGCUCCUCUUCAAACUAUUCCGUGGCACCCUUUUACAUACCCUGCUUUCCUCCCUGUAUCUCCAGAAAUCUAUCCAUACUUUAUAAAAGGCCCUGGUCAGGUCCU